GUGUUCUUUUCCCUUUUCUAAUACCCUAUCAUUGACCCGACCAUAUCCUCUUAAUUGCCCCUUUUAUCUCAAUUCAUCAGAACUACGACUUUACCUCAGCUCACCGACCCGACCUCACCAACCCGACGUUACCGACGACGACAUCAUCCGCCGGUGACGACAGCGACGUCACUCAGCUGUCCGGUAUCAUCUCAGAGUCUAUUUUUUUGCAUUUGUUCAGUUCAGCAAGGGCAAGUAAAGCUGCUGAAGUUCACCCCUCUAAGGCCUAGGGUUUUGCUGAUACAACAAAGGUAGUGUAGUAUGACGGGUUCGAAUCCUGUGGUGGACAAAGCCUAGUAAUGUGGAGAGAGUGAUAGAGGUGUCGGGGCAAGGGACAUUAUCUGUCGAGGUCGAAGAAGCAAAACGACUGAUUCUUCUUUUCACGGUUUUCUUCAUCUGUCAUCCUCCGCAGCUCUCCACUAUCCUACUCUAGUUUCCUUUCAUGGCUUCACAGGAUUUGGAGAAAAUUGAUUUGAAUCAGUUUUACCAUCUACACAUGAAGGUUGUACGUGUAAUUUCUAUUGAAUAUGACACACCACGUGGGAGUAGGGAAAAGGUAUUUGCAACGGGCUUUGUUGCGAAUGAUGGAAUUAUUGUCACGUCUGCACAUCUUUUUCCUUCGGGGGAAUCUACUGUUAAAGUACGUAAGCUAGAUAAAGAAAGAUUUGUCAGUGUUAAGCGCAAAGUUUUUUUUAGACGGAUUGAUAUUGCAUUGAUCGAGUUUCAUAACCCAACUAAUGCGGUUUCUAAAGAAUAUGGUUUGUUUCCAAACAAUAAAUCCUUAUCUGCGGGUCAAACUGUACUGAGUAUCGGCAAUUAUUAUUUAUACGCAGGAUCAGUUGUGAUUGGAAGGAUUUCAUUUCCAUGUCCAGAUGACUUACCUCUGCCCUGUGGACCCCCAAUACUUUGUUUGGAUAAAACUGAGAAUGACGUAUUGAAACGCUUUACCCAAUAUCGCGUUAUGGGUGACUUUUGGAAUUGUUCAAGAAAUAGAGAAAUGACUUUCCAAAAAACUCUCCACACUGAGUUACCUGUCAUACAUAUAACUGGUUUUCCUUCUGCAGGUGUCUGUAACUUUGACCCUUUGAAAGUUGCUGAAGAGGCAAGGUCUUCGGGUGAUUAUUAUUAUCAUUUUGAUGGUGAUAGUGCUGGUGCUCCUGUAUUUAAUAUCAGCGGAGAAAUAGUGGGCAUGGUUUUAAUGCCUGAUGGCCCAGCUAUAGUUGCCAUUCACUUUAUGAUGAUAGAGAAGGUUAUAUCGGUAUAUAAGAGUAACAUUGGUGCAAAAAGAGACAACAGUUGAGAGCUGCUAGAGAGUUUGGAGUCUGGACCUUACUGAACAAAAAGAAAAUCUCUGAUAGCGACACAAUUUUUACAGAGAACCGGAGUGAAGAUUGUUUAGUUCAAAUCCUCUUUAAUGAAGAUCAGCUUAAUUAACAAUAAGUUUGUGAUUGUUAGUAAUGAUUGUCUAGAUUUGAUAUGGAGAGUUCAUUUGUUAUGUUGUACUAAAUUUUUGAUGUUUUCUUUUGCCAUUGUGGAAUGAAAGAUCUUUUGGGUGUAAUAUGCUUAUUCUGAGGUCUUUAAUGAUAUGAUUGUUUGGGUUCUGUUUA